AUGCGGGCCAUAAUAUUGCUGCUCGUGCCUACAUUACUGCAUGCACGUCCGAAAACUAUCGUCUUUACCGAAAGUCACGGCGGUGUGCUGGUGGGUGAGGAGGUGAUAUUGGGUCGUAAUGUGGGCCGUGCCCGUACAAUGCACAUCCUCCACUGCUCCGGCAAUGGCUAUCAGAACUUCCGGACGAACGCCUGCAUUUGCGACCUCGGGUGGACCGGCGAGAACUGUAACCUACAAAUGCCGGAGGACCAGAUCAUGUUUUGCGAGUUCGACUCAGACUGUGUCUAUGGCUAUCGAUGUCGACAUCUGCGUCGCAUCCAGAGUCACUGCGUGCGAAUUGCCGAGACGCUGCGAAGUGCGGAACUCUCCUACCUCAAGAAACGUGACUAUUUGCUUGUGGUUGUCGGCGGCAUCUCGGCCUUUAUCCAUGGCGCUGGGUUUCCGCUUCUUUCCGUGGUUUUAGGCUCCAUGACAAACAUCUUCCUGCGCGCCCAGAACUCUCCAUGGAUCGGAGGCGAGCACACGACGAGCAAUGAUACCAUCCCAAUUCUAAAGGAAGACUUCCAACACGAGAUUGGCAUCAUCAGCUUGUACUACGCGAUACUGGGUGUUAUACAGUUUAUAACAUCCUAUUUUCAGAUUGCCUGUUUCGAGACGCUUUGCGAGCGCGUCGUACACCGGAUGCGAUUACGGUACCUGCGCUCGGUGCUGCGCCAGGAGAUCGCCUGGUUCGACGAGAAGCAGGCCGGGAAUUUGACGAGCCGACUGACUGACGACCUCGAACGUGUCCGCGAAGCAUUCGGCGACAAAUUUUCGAUGCUGCUACAGAAUAUCUUGGCAUUUGUCGCGUCGUUCAUCAUCGGCUUCUACUACAACUGGACGAUGACGCUGAUCAUGAUGGCGUUCGUGCCACCGAUCGUCCUUGUCGGGGCCUUUCAAGCUCGAUUCCAAGCGAAUAGGACCCAAAUCGAGCAGGAGAAGUACGCGGUGGCGGGUGCUGUCGCUGAACAGGCCCUGUCGUCGAUGCGCACAAUUCAGGCGCUGAACGCGCAGAAGAAGGAGCUACAGAAAUUUGCCGUCUGCAUGGAAGAGUCGCGAAAGGCCAGCCUGCCCAAAUAUUUCAUGAUCGGCAUCUCGAUUGGGUUUAUGCAUCUCUGUCGCUAUGGCUCGUAUGCGGCCGCAUUUUGGUACGCCGGAAAGCUAAUUGCCGAGAAUACGGUGACCAGCCGGGCGCUACCCUUCAUUACUGUCGUUUCUACUGGUUGGGGAGCACUGAACAAAGUGGUCGACACGAUUGCAAGGGUCCCCACCAUCGAUCCAUAUUCCGAAGAAGGAAUCAAGAAAACGGAUCUUCAGGGUAACAUCUAUAUCAAGAACGUGAAAUUCCGCUAUCCGUCCCGACCAGAAAUCCAGAUCCUGAAAGGGGUCUCGCUGGAAGCAAAAGCUGGGCAGAAAAUCGCGCUCGUCGGCGCUUCGGGCUGCGGGAAGAGCACGAUCGUCAACCUGCUACUUCGUUUCUACGACCCCGAAGAGGGUACGGUAAUGAUCGACGGGAUUGACCUGAAGACACUGAACGUUCGGUGCUUGCGCGAUCAAAUUGGGAUUGUUUCCCAGGAACCAGUCCUUUUCGAUGGUUCCCUACUGGAAAAUAUUCAAAUGGGUCGGGAUGGCGUGACCGAAGAUGAGGCGAUUCACGCCUGUAAACUGGCAAACGCGUGGGGAUUUGUGGAAAAACUGCCGGACCAGCUUGGCACUCGCGUCGGCGAGCGUGGAGUGCAAUUGAGCGGAGGCCAAAAACAGCGGAUCGCCAUCGCUCGUGCGCUCGUGAAAAAUCCUCAAAUUCUGCUGCUGGAUGAGGCGACGUCGGCGUUAGAUACGGAGAGUGAAGCGGUUGUUCAAAAAGCCCUAGAUCAAGCUCAAACCGGCCGCACCGUGUUCAUCGUGGCCCAUAGAUUGGCCACCAUCCGAGACGCUGAUCAGAUUUUUGUUUUCAAGGCGGGCCACAUCAUCGAGCAGGGCACCCACGCGGAGCUGAUCACGAGAAAAGGAGCCUUCCACCAGAUGGUACAAGCCCAACUGUUGAGGUCACUGGAGGAAAAGGCUACGAAAGAGGCUGAAGCCGAAACCGAAACAACACUUCGAAAAAGGACAAGAACGAGGACUCUUUCCAGAUCCGACUCUAAUAGAGAAAGCAUACGGUCGAUCACGCGCUCUGCCAAAGACUUCGAGAUGAUCGACGAGACCACCGUCGACGAUUUGGCCAAGGUGGAGGCCGAAGCAAAGGAAGCCAAACUGAAGCCGAUGUCCUUCCUGGAAAUCUUUACCUUUAAUAAGAAAGCAAUCCCAAAGCUGGCCAUCGGCUACUCUGCCGGCGCCCUAAUAGGAUGCUGUACUCCAGUUUUUGCGAUCCUUUACGCCCAGAUUUUCCAGGUCUUCUCGCAACCAGUCGAUCAAAUCGUCGACUCGGUCCACUUCUGGGCUCUCGCCUUCAUCGUGCUGGGCUGCUUCCACUGUACCGGGGCCAUCUUUUCGAAUACAAUGUGCGGAAUGGCCGGCGAGGACUGUACCACCGGGCUCAGGGAGUUGGUUUUCAAGUCGUUGAUGGCCAAGGAUAUCGGAUUUUUUGACGACGAAAAGAACGGCACCGGGAAGUUAUGCACCCGAUUAGCCACUGAUGCGCCAAACGUACGAUAUGUUUUUACCCGAAUGCCGCUCGUCACCUCCUCGUCGGUGACCAUCAUCGGCUCGCUGAUGCUGGCCUUCAUUUUCGGCUGGAAAUUGGCGCUCUGCGUGAUCCCAUUCCUGCCGGUCAUCAUCAUUGCCCAGGCCGUCGAGAUGAGAAUGCAGCUGGGCAACAAACUACGCGACGCCCGUCAAUUGGAAGAAGCCGGAAAAGUGGCUCUGCAGGCCGUCGAUAACAUUCGAACUGUGCAGGCACUAAACAAGCAACAACAUUUCAACGAUCUUUACUGCGCGCACCUUGACAAACCGCAUAGGGCGAACGUGCGGGGAUCGCACUUCUACGGUCUCGUGUUUGGCAUCGCUCAGGCGAUCGUUUUCUUCAUGUAUUCCGUUGCUUUCUUCAUUGGAGCUCUUUUUGUCAUGGAUCUCACGAUGCAACCUAUUGAGGUCUACAGGGUAUUCUUCUCGCUGGCGUUUUGCGGCCAGAUGGUCGGCGCGAUAGCCACCUUUAUGCCGGACAUCAUCAAGACGCGAUUGGCGGCUUCGCUGAUUAUGAACUUGGUCAACUAUCCGACCAAAAUCGACAACCUGUCUGAGGAAGGCGAUGACAAGAAAAUUACCGGGAACAUCAGCCUCGAGAAUCUACACUUUAGCUACCCGACCCGGCGACAAAUUAGAAUUUUACAAGGGUUGACGCUGAAGAUAAAGCCCGGGCAGACAGUCGCCUUCGUCGGGCAUUCGGGAUGUGGCAAAAGUACGGUGCUGAGUCUUCUAGAGCGAUUUUACGAUCCUCUCUACGGGCAAAUUUGCCUAGACGGAACCCCCAUCAACCAAUACUCCCUGCCCAGCCUCCGAAGUCAGGUGGGCAUCGUCAGCCAGGAGCCGACGCUUUUCGACUGUACGAUACGCGACAAUAUUGUUUACGGCAUGGACAGACAAGCUAGCCAAGAAGAGGUCGAAGACGCUGCUCGGCUGGCGAAUGCAUACGAUUUCAUUACGGGGCUACCGCUGGGGUUCGAUACGCCGGUCGGGGAACGGGGGACGCAGUUGAGUGGAGGCCAAAAACAACGGAUAGCCAUCGCUCGGGCGCUCGUCAGAAAACCUGCAAUCCUGCUGCUUGAUGAAGCCACAUCAGCGCUGGAUACAGAAAGUGAAAAGGUUGUGCAAGAAGCGCUAGAAAAAGCGAGAGCAGGCCGGACCUGCCUGGUCAUCGCACAUCGAUUAUCCACAAUACAGGAUGCCGACGCGAUCGCGAUCGUGCACGAGGGUCGGGUUGUGGAUGUCGGCACGCACGAGCAGCUCCUCCGCCGCAACGACAUCUACAAGAAGCUGUGCGACACGCAAAAACUCGUCGAAACGCAUAAA